GCAAUAGCGUAUGUCGAGUAUCGGAGUAGCGCACAGUCGAAGCUGGACGAACGUGGGCAGCCCCGCAAUGCAGUCGAGGGUGCGAAGUACGAGCCGGUGGAAUGUAGUAUGUCGGAGGUACCUACAUAAGAUCCGUACCAGUGUCGACCACAGUGACUGAUAUUUGUAUCCACGCGCUUCUCUUGACUUCUCUGCCAGUGAGAAUAUCUCUUUCACCACAAUGACUGCCUCGAUCCACAUCGUUUUAAGCGUAGCUUGGCAAGAUGCCGGUGAUACUACACGCGCCAUCGCCAUGGCUACGGCAUUACGGGACCAAUGUCCCUCCGCUCUGAAGCUGAAAAUCGACUUCUUGUCCUGUGGCUCGCGCUUCGAAUACCAGAUUACCGACGCUGGCUUCAAUAUCGUCCCCGCCCAGCCUCGAGUCAGAGGGAUCUCAGUCGCACAUGACCUCGGCUGGGAUUGGCCAGAGUUCUUCGGAUCCGAAGAGAUUGCGAAGUCAUUCAUCGAUGGACAGCUUGCAGCCUUCAGGCUAUUGAAGCCUGAUAUCGUGUUCCACGGAAUGUGGGCGCCGGCGUCGAUUGCUGCUCGAUUGUUGGGUAUUCGUACCAUUAACUUCCUCCCUGUUCCACUCCACCCAAGCGCCUUCGCACAUGGCCUAGUGCGCGAUCUUCCAGACAUGAUGCCGUUGUUCACUCGACUGCCUCGGCCGAUGAGACGAAACUUGGCUUGGUGGGCAAGUGGUCUGAUGACCCGAGCACCUAUCUUCCGCCAAAGACGACUUGGAGCAGCCGCAGCGGCUUGUGGAUGGCCCGUCAAAGGGCCCAUCUCCCUCUUCGACAUGAAUAUGGCUGAUCUCAACCUCGUCAACGACCAUCCUGUCUUCCAUCAAGAGUACUUGCAUCGGCUUCCCAGCAACAUCGUGCUGACCGGCCCAUUGUAUGCUAAAAAUGACUCGGAACUGAAUCCAGACAUUGCGAUGCAUCUCAAGAAAGGUCCCGGUCCGUCCAUCUUGAUCACAAUGGGAAGCUCGGGCACGGAAGAGUUCCUGUUCGAGGCUAUUCGGGCAAUGAAGCUCGACCCUGUUGAUGAUUGGAGCGCCGUCAUUCUAGCAUCGAAGUCGAUCUGUUCCAUCGACAGGGCCAGGGAAGUUGCAGAUGGAGACACGCGACUGUUCGUAACAGACCAUUUCAUCCCCGCUCCAGCGGCAAAUGCACUUGCUGAUGUCGUUAUCAGCCAUGGUGGUCAGGGAACUGUGCAAUGCGCACUUGCCGCCGGGAAGCCGAUCGUAGGCGUUGCAUUGCAAGUCGAGCAGCAGACGAAUCUGGAUAACGCGAUGAAUGCUGGAGCUGCCAUUCGCAUCCAGAAGCAAUCCUGGAAGGCGAGAAACAUUCGUAAUGCAGUGCUCACAGUGCUGCGUGAUCCUAUUUAUGCGGCUAACGCUAUAGCUCUCGCCGAGACACUCAACGCAAUGGACGGAGCGAAGACAGCGGCUGAAGUGAUGUGGAAGUUCAUCUUGGAUGAGCAAGCAGAGAAGUUGAAGGCUUGAGACGCGUGAUGGGCCACUGUUGUCAUGUCAUAUUGCCUAAUACCGGUAAUGCACGUCCACGCGUCGCGACGCGCGUCCCAAGCGAUAUGUCGAAAGGAGUCCUGAGUUUUAAGUGAGAGUUCGAUGCUGGAAACAAUCUGUAGUCACUUGCGAGAGAUACCUGUUCCUGUUGUCUGUGAUAUUGAUGCUGAUGGUGGAUGGUGGCAGGUGAGCCGCAGGAGAGAGUGGGUCUCAGUAACACACUAGUGACU